AUGUUAGAGAUAAAGAGUCAUGAAAAUACUACUACUACUAGUACUACUACUACUAGUACUACUACUACUAGUACUACUACUACUAGUACUACUACUACUAGUACUACUACUACUACUACUACUACUACUACUACUACUACUACUACUACUACUACUACUACUACUACUACUACUACUACUACUACUACUACUACUACUACUACUACUACUACUACUACUACUACUACUACUACUACUACUACUACUACUACUACUACUACUACUACUACUACUACUACUACUACUACUACUACUACUACUACUACUACUACUACUACUACUACUACUACUACUACUACUACUACUACUACUACUACUACUACUACUACUACUACUACUACUACUACUACUACUACUACUACUACUACUACUACUACUACUACUACUACUACUACUACUACUACUACUACUACUACUACUACUACUACUACUACUACUACUACUACUACUACUACUACUACUACUACUACUACUACUACUACUACUACUGCUACUACUACUACUACUACUACUACUACUACUACUACUACUACUACUACUACUACUACUACUACUACUACUACUACUACUACUACUACUACUACUACUACUACUACUACUACUACUAGUACUACUACUACUACUACUACUACUACUACUACUACUACUACUACUACUACUACUACUACUAGUAGUAGUAGUAGUAGUAGUAGUAGUAGUAGUAGUAGUAGUAGUAGUAAUAGUAGUAUUAGUGCUAGUAGUAGUAGUAUGAAGAAUUUGUCUCUUGUAUCAUCAUCAUCAUCAUCAUCAUCAUCAUCAUCAUCAUCAUCAUCAUCAUCAUCAUCAUCAUCAUCAUCAUCAUCAUCAUCAUCAUCAUCAUCAUCAUCAUCAUCAUCAUCAUCAUCAUCAUCAUCAUCAUCAUCAUCAUCAUCAUCAUCAUCAUCAUCAUCAUCAUCAUCAUCAUCAUCAUCAUCAUCAUCAUCAUCAUCAUCAUCAUCAUCAUCAUCAUCAUCAUCAUCAUCAUCAUCAUCAUCAUCAUCAUCAUCAUCAUCAUCAUCAUCAUCAUCAUCAUCAUCAUCAUCAUCAUCAUCAUCAUCAUCAUCAUCAUCAUCAUCAUCAUCAUCAUCAUCAUCAUCAUCAUCAUCAUCAUCAUCAUCAUCAUCAUCAUCAUCAUCAUCAUCAUCAUCAUCAUCAUCAUCAUCAUCAUCAUCAUCAUCAUCAUCAUCAUCAUCAUCAUCAUCAUCAUCAUCAUCUCAUCAUCAUCAUCAUCAUCAUCAUCAUCAUCAUCAUCAUCAUCAUCAUCAUCAUCAUCAUCAUCAUCAUCAUCAUCAUCAUCAUCAUCAUCAUCAUCAUCAUCAUCAUCAUCAUCAUCAUCAUCAUCAUCAUCAUCAUCAUCAUCAUCAUCAUCAUCAUCAUCAUCAUCAUCAUCAUCAUCAUCAUCAUCAUCAUCAUCAUCAUCAUCAUCAUCAUCAUCAUCAUCAUCAUCAUCAUCAUCAUCAUCAUCAUCAUCAUCAUCAUCAUCAUCAUCAUCAUCAUCAUCAUCAUCAUCAUCAUCAUCAUCAUCAUCAUCAUCAUCAUCAUCAUCAUCAUCAUCAUCAUCAUCAUCAUCAUCAUCAUCAUCAUCAUCAUCAUCAUCAUCAUCAUCAUCAUCAUCAUCAUCAUCAUCAUCAUCAUCAUCAUCAUCAUCAUCAUCAUCAUCAUCAUCAUCAUCAUCAUCAUCAUCAUCAUCAUCAUCAUCAUCAUCAUCAUCAUCAUCAUCAUCAUCAUCAUCAUCAUCAUCAUCAUCAUCAUCAUCAUCAUCAUCAUCAUCAUCAUCAUCAUCAUCAUCAUCAUCAUCAUCAUCAUCAUCAUCAUCAUCAUCAUCAUCAUCAUCAUCAUCAUCAUCAUCAUCAUCAUCAUCAUCAUCAUCAUCAUCAUCAUCAUCAUCAUCAUCAUCAUCAUCAUCAUCAUCAUCAUCAUCAUCAUCAUCAUCAUCAUCAUCAUCAUCAUCAUCAUCAUCAUCAUCAUCAUCAUCAUCAUCAUCAUCAUCAUCAUCAUCAUCAUCAUCAUCAUCAUCAUCAUCAUCAUCAUCAUCAUCAUCAUCAUCAUCAUCAUCAUCAUCAUCAAUAG